AGAUUUCUGGAAAAGAAUAAAAAAACUGACUCUCGGCAUUUGAACCCUGGACAAAAAAUCGCGCCCGUGCGCACCCAAUCCCGCACCUCGAGGAAGUUGGCCCCGCUCUUUGGCUGUCCGCCCGGACACCCCGCACGGCCGCCCCCCGCGCCACCCCCCGGUCGGCCGCGUCUCUCGCGCACGCCCCGCCGCGGGCAUCCCUCGGCGCCGGGAGGCGCGCAUUUCGGACCCGAGUCGUUCGGAACAGGCCGGCGGCAGCUGGCGGGCGGCCACGGCGCGGCGCCUCUUGGGACAGCCUCACUGGGCGGGGACGACCGGGGCGCGAAGCAGGGCCCGAACUGCCGCCCUCUGGGCGCCGCGGACUGCUGCUGUCAGGCAAUGGAGGGCUCAACAGUGGAAGCCCCUGUGGAUCUGUGCGAUGAUUCAGAUCCAGGCUUGACACAUACACGAGGUGCCUCCGGCAGCAUGGGGCACAUCCGACAGAAAUGCGAGGUGGUCGAUUUGACGUCGCCUGGCAUGGAAGACGAUGACGACGUUGUGCUGGUGUCGGAGGUGAUUGGAGACUACCCAGAGCUUGUGGCUGCUCGGGGACCCAGCCGCGUGGUGCUGGUGCAGUCGCUGGAGACGCCCUUGAAGGACACGACAAGCAAACUUGUCCAGAGGAGGCCACAGUCGAGCAGCCCACCAGAGCCAAUGGAGACGAGUAUUGCCCAAGAAAACCGAUUCAAAUGUGCUGUCUGCUGGGAGAGUGAAGUGGAAUUGUCAUGCACACCUUGCGGGCACAUCUUCUGCAUUAGCUGCAUCGAAAUGGCUGUUCAGCGCAAGAAGCGCUGUCCCCAGUGCAGGAAAGGCUGCCAGAAGCGGCAACUGCGCCGGCUGUUCGUCUGA